AUGGAUGUAACAGAUCAAGCCUUUGUGACCCUUGCUACUGAUGAUGUGUAUUGUCAAGGCUCUCUUGUUCUUGGACAGUCAUUGAGGAAUCAUAAGACAUCCAGAAAAUUGGCAGUUCUAAUCACUCCAGAGGUUUCCAGUGGGAUGAGGUCAGUCCUCAGCAGUGUAUUUGAUGAAGUGAUCGAGGUGGAUGUGCUUGACAGUGCUGACUCAGUGCAUUUGGCUCUGAUGCAGAGGCCAGAACUGGGUGUAACCUUCACUAAGCUUCAUUGUUGGACUCUUACUCAUUACAGCAAAUGUGUCUUCAUGGAUGCAGACACUUUGGUACUUUGCAAUGUUGAUGAGUUGUUUGAUCGAGAGGAGUUUUCAGCAGCUCCUGAUUCUGGCUGGCCUGACUGCUUCAAUAGUGGUGUGUUUGUGUUCCGGCCCUCCUUGAAGACUUACAGGCUGCUGCUCCAGUUUGCUGCUGAACAUGGCAGCUUUGACGGAGGUGAUCAAGGCUUGUUGAACAGCUUCUUCAGCAACUGGGCAACAGCAGAUAUUGGCAAACACUUGCCUUUCAUCUAUAACUUAAGCAGCAGCUCUGUAUACACCUAUGUUCCUGCUUUCAAUCAUUUUGGUAGAGAUGCCAAAGUUGUUCACUUUUUGGGAGCAACAAAGCCCUGGAACUACAAAUACAACCUUCAAACAAAGAGAGUUAUUCAGGAUGGCAUCACCUCUGGAUCUUUUCAUCAACUGUCAUUUCUUGCCCUCUGGUGGAAUAUAUACAGUGCCAGUAUACUGCCUUUGUUGGAAAAACUUCAAAAGAUGGAAGAAUCAGAAUCUGAGGAAUGCAAGCACGCUUUCAAUGGAGUUGAAGUUACCCUGAAGAAGGACAGUCCUUACGUGGCCAGUUCGCUACAAAAGCCUGAGCUCCCAGAGCAGACAAAUGAAGUAAAUCCCACAGCAUGCACUCCUGAGGAACUCGCUUUCAAAGCUCAUGCUGUAUAUGAAGUCGAACCAAGAGAUUCUAACGUCCCUCUCUCUGAGCCCAGCAGACCUCCAGAACAACCUGUGUUUCCACCUGCAUUUCAGGAAACCUCAGAAAUGAACGAGGUUGCACAUUCUGUUUCAGAGCUGUCUAUUCACUGCAUACCAGCAAAACCAACUCCAGAAGAUGAACGGAGAAAAUGGGAGGAAGGGCGCAUGGACUAUAUGGGGAAAGAUGCUUUUGAACAUAUCAAAAAGAAAUUGGAUGCAUUUUUACACUAA